CGCCCCAACCCAGCCCCAUUACACCAAGGCAGAAGGAAAGUACACCGCCGCAGACGUGGAUCCCAAAACCUUAGCCGCAGCAACCUUCUCCCGCCGACUGUCGCCGUCGGCUACCUCAAUUUGCCUUUGUAACAUUUAAGAUGGUGAAGAAGAAAAGCAAGAGUAAUCAAAUUCUCCUCAAAUUCCAAGAUCAUUCAGGGUGGUGACUGUUGCAGAAUCUGCACUCUGGCUGUUCGACCUUUUGUCUCAAUGAAGUCUCUCUGCACCAUGUUCUUUGGAUUACAUCAAUCUCUUGAAUCACGUCAUAGUAAAAAUGGUGUUUUUGCAUUGAUGGGGAGAAACUCAGUUCAGAGAUUGGGUUCGGUGUGGGUGCAGAUCAUGCAUAUAUCAAGUGGAGGAAGAAGACCCAAGAAGAAAAUCUACCACAGAGUCCAUGAACUUGAUAGAGUGAUGGACUUGAAGAAGAAGCCAUGCUUGAUUCUGCAGCUCAAGUCCAUCAUCCAGAGCCAAAAGCACCAGUCUCUGCUUCUGAGGGACCUCGAAAAACAAGUGGGUUUUGUUCAUAAAUGGAAUUUCAUGGCUGUCAUUGAGAAGUAUCCUUCAAUAUUCCGUGUCAAUGGUGGUAAUAGAACGCCCCCUUCUGUUGAGCUCACUGAAAAGGCCAAAAGGAUUGCUGAUGAAGAAGCUGAAGCUAGAAAGCAAAUGGAGCCCAUUUUGGUUGAGAAUCUUAGGAAGCUUUUGAUGAUGUCUGUUGAUUGCCGUGUGCCGCUUGAAAAUAUUGAAUUUAUCGAAUCUGAACUGGGUUUGCCUCAAGAUUUCAAGGAGACAUUGAUUCCAAAGUACCCGGAAUUUUUUUCAGUGAAGGAUUUCAAUGGGAGGGCCUAUCUUCAAUUGGAAAAUUGGGAUUCUUCGCUGGCAGUCACUGCCCGCGAGAAAAGGUUUGCACGUGAAAGAGUUCUAGACUCUGUUGGGCAUGCCAGAAAGGCUAGAGUCUCGAAGGAUGGUAACUUCUCUGGUCCGUAUGCCUUUCUCAUGAGUUAUCCUGCCGGGUUUAGACCAAACAUGAGUUAUCUGGAAGAAGUCCAAAGGUGGCAGAAAAUGGAGUUCCCUUCUCCAUACUUGAAUGCGAGGAGAUUUGAAGCUGCAGAUCCAAAAGCUCGGAAACGAGUUGUGGCAGUGCUUCAUGAGCUCCUCAGUUUGACUAUGGAGAAGAGGAUGACAUCUGCACAAUUGGAUGCAUUUCAUUCUGAGUUUCUGUUGCCUGCUAGAUUGCUGCUUUGUUUGAUUAAGCAUCAUGGCAUCUUUUAUAUCACAAACAAAGGUGCAAGGAGUACCGUAUUUCUUAAAGAAGCUUAUGAUGGAUCAAAUUUGAUAGAAAAAUCCCCUCUGCUCGGAUUUAAUAAUAAAUUUGUAGCACUUAGUGGUAGGAGAGAGAGCAACUUGCGCAAUGGAAUUUCUUCAUCUCAUAUUGUUACAUAAGAUUGUGAUUCAGUAAUGUUCAUUAUAGAAACAGAGAUGCUUCCAAGUAGUGGUGUUAUUGGAUACAUACUUGCUAUGAUUCUAAACACACUGGAAUUCCCUUCUCCUUAUAUUUCAUAUCAUUACAGUUGAAUAUGAUUGUUGUGAGACCAUAUCAUUCAAGCUCAAGUUUACCCAUUAUGGCGUGGGUUGAGCAACAUAGCAAACAGAGGUUAUGAUUGGAAGCAAGGUGAAACUCAAGGGAGUAUGUGUAAAACACAGAAGACCUGUUUCUGGUGAAAUUUGAUUGACAAUAGGUCAAUAUCUUUGUACGCUUUCUUAUAAGAUUUUAUAUUCAUUGCAAAUUGUUCUAUUCAGUUGUAGAUGGGCAUAAGGAAAUGGACAUUGAUAUAGCCCAUAAUGUUCAAUUAUGUGAAUAAGGUGUUUUUCUUGGAAACCAGGUGUUUUUUUUUCACCCUGAACUCGAUUGUAAAAAUAUGGUAUAAUGUAUCAAUGGUAGUUUGACCAA